CGAAUCACCGCGCGCACGUGUAUCGCGGUAUGAUAACGCGGCGCAUUUAAAAACGUACUCAUAUCGUAUACAAUUCACCCAAACUGUAACACAACGUAACAUAGCCGUGUAACAUUCGUGUCAAAACGUUUUAACUCAACAUUUGUGUACGCGAAUAUCCUUGCUAGUGCAUUAUGGUUUAAGUGUUAAUUCUGGAUGUAGUGAUGGCUGGUGUUUGUGAGGAUGUGGAUGAGAAGCGGAAGGGGUUGAGCGGGUCCAUGUCAAUGCGCACGCGCAAGCUGGGUCGGCGUUUAUCUCGGAGUAUGUCAAUUGUGGCGCUGAAAAUUCCGGAAAAAGCCCACAACAUCACCCGCACUUCCUCCAAACUGAUGCGCACCGGAAGUAGAGAUAAGAAGAACCGAUCGUUCGAACUGUCGAUCAUUUUGCCGGAUAAAUCGCAGAAACAGGUGAUGGUAUGGGGCAACAACACAGUCGCAGAGGUGGUCUGCCAGCCGCUGCAAGAGGCAGGAAUCAUCGUAGCUGGUCUGCCAACUGGACCACUCUCGGCACCACUGCCACUGCCACUGUCAGAACCGCUACCACCUCCAGAAGUGCUGAAACCGCCGCCAGCGGCACUCCUCUUCCUCGGUGGAUCCAAAGCUCCGGUUGAACCGAGAUCACCAGCCAUGGCUCUGGAAGGAGAAGUUGUUGUUGUUGAACAUGAACCAGCGCAAUGGAAUGGGAAAGACCUAGAGGUUUUUCUGUCGUGGGAGAAAAUAUACGCUGCCACUUUAUUCUCUGCAUUGGAGCUGUACGGAAAACCACUGUUACGAGCAGCAGUGAUCACAAAAGAAGAAUAUCAUCUGCUGUUUUACUAUUUAGAAUCAGUUUCCGAAGCUAGUGAAGCUCUCACUCAGCGAAUGAGAAAAUACAUUGACUCCGGUUUGAUCAAAAGUAACAUGGAUAAAGAUGAUAAUGAAGAAGACGAAUCAUUUGAUACCGAAUCACAAAAAUGCGAGGAGUCCAGGAGUAUUUUAACUGAGCUAGUUCAUGAAGGAGUCCUGUCUCAGUAUGAUUUAGAUUUAUCAUCAGAAAUCACAAAUUCAGAAUUGAAUGAGCCAUGCUCGAUUGUCAAUGAUGCCAAAAUUGAGGACGAUAAUAGGUCGAGUGUUUCGUCUGCUGGAUCGUCUUUGCGUAAAAUUGUUGUAGAUAUACCCUUCGAAAGAUGUGAGUCUGAAAUCGAGAGCCCAGUGAUAGAGAGUAACGAUAACGUCACUACAGUCAAAAUAAGAAGCGGCGGCCAAUGUUGCGCCGAUCACCGAAUAUCAGCCGACGUCACAGAUAAUGUGUGGUCCAACGUUCGGUGGGACUUUUUAAAUCCCGUCGACUUCGGCUACGACCAGGUGCCGAACGUCAAAAGAAGCCGAUCGGAUUCCGCCAUCACGCCGGUCGUUCGCCGCAAGAAUGACGAAAUAUACGAAAAAUUGCAAAGCGUCGAGAACGAGUCGUGCGGAAGCAUCACACCGUACGAGUCCAUAGAGGAUUUGUACGACUGCAUCAAAAACUCCGCCUACAAUAACGCGGAAGACGAAACCUCCCCAUCCGCCGAAACUCACUCUGAGCCACAAUUCCCCGACUUCUACGAGAAAGCCAGCACGACUCGUCAGAGCUCAGCGAGUAGCGACAAAAGUGGAAUAUCAUCGGCGUUCCAGUUCUCUAAAUGCGGUUCCAGCAACUCCACGGGGGCGUACACCUCGUGUGAAUCAACCAGCGGCAUCAGCUCGCUAAUACCGAAGAUCAUAUCGAAGUCACUCAACUGUCGUGAGCUGCCACCCCCACCGAGCGGUGACGCGGGUGAAAGCAUGAUACUGUUGAAGCAAUUGUUCAUGGGUGAAUUGAUGGACGCCUAUGGGGAGUACAUGGCGGCGUACCCCUACGCGAGAGCCCUUCUCAGGAGGAAAGCGCGCCGGGACGAGCACUUCACAGCCCUUGCGGACAUCAGGCGAGGAGCAGCCAAGUACACCAUCAAGGACUAUCUGGAAUUACCGAUCGAACGUCUGGCGCAGUAUGAGCGGCUGGUGGGCGGGGGAUGCGGGCGACGGCGCGCGGCGCGGCUGUCAGACCUGGAGCGCAUCCAGGACCUGUUCCCUCACGACUACCUCGCUCUGCACGACGCUGACGCGCCAGCUGCACUGCAUCAUGCACAGAAGUCAAAGAGCCUGCGCAAAAGGCCGAGUUUGGAGAUUGGCAGCACUGUCAACAGUAGUGCCAACCUCACACCUCGCACCUUCAUCAUGGAGGCUCCUGUCCAGCUAUGCCCACUUGGCUCGACGUCCCCACCGCUAGACCGCCAUCUUUUCCUCUUCAACGACCUACUCUUAGUGGGCAAGUCGAGAGGAACAAACUGCUUCAAGCUGAAAGAGAGUGUAAGGCUCGCUGAGCUGUGGCUGUCGACUCGAGACGGGGAGGACACAGGGUUUCUUAUCGGCUGGCCAACGUUUACGGGUGUUGCCAACUACCUCGCUACAUACCCCACACAGGCUGCGAGAGACACGUGGUAUAGGAAAAUUCAAAACUCCUUAAACGCGCAACUUGCCUCGGAGCCGAAGUCGACAAACAUACAAAUCUUCUACAAAGACGUCGCGAGCUCCAUUGAAUUCUGCAAAACCGUCUCAGUGAGUCCAGAGAUGAGUGCGCAGUGCGUGGUGAAGCAAGCCCUGCAUGUGCUUCAGACUGGUGAUGAUGAUCACUCCGAGGGUGAUGAGGAGAAGUGGGGGGGAGUGAAUGACUUCAUCCUGUGUGUGCGCACGGCGAGAGACGCCCCGUCUACCCCCAUGCAGGGCAUCGAGAGACCACACGCUAUACAGAUGUCAAGAAUACGGCAAACAUUAUCGAGCGAAGACGGGUUUGAUUUGGAACAUGUCAACGCGAAGAACAACCCUUGCGGUCUAGUCUUUGAACUCAGGAAGAAAAAUCAAGGGCUAAAGAGCGCAUCAGGCCGCGGCCUGCGUCUACUACGUCGCGGCGGGCGGUUAUUCGGGAGUUCCCUCACGCGAGUAUGCGGCGGCGCGCCCCCGCCGGCGUUGUUGCACGCGCUACGUCGACUGCGCGCGUUGGCGCCGCGCACGCACGGCGUAUUCCGACGUAGUGCCAACGCUAAGGCGCUUAGGCAACUGAGGGAUAAGCUGGACGCACUAGGUCCGUGGGCAGACGCGCGGGCAGAACUCGACCGCGCGCCGGUGUUACUCCUGGCAGCGUUAGUGAAGGAGUUCUUCCGAGCGCUGCCCCAGCCUCUACUGCUGUCUGAGCUCUACCCGUCCUGGCUGCAAGUUCUCGGUUUACCACAAGCCGAAAAAGUAGCAGCCGUGCGGUCGUUGCUCCUUAAACUUCCGAAGCCCCACUACAACAUGUUGACUUACUUCGUCUGCCUGCUGCAAGCGAUUGCGAAGAAGUCCAACAUUAACCUCAUGUGUCCGAUGAACUUGGGCGUGUGCGUCGGCCCCAGCCUGCUCUGGCCGGCUGUACCCUGUGAAAAAGCUCCAAAAGCAGUGCCAAUGAUAGUAGAACUACUCAUAGUCAAAGCCGAAGCGUUGUUCGGCCCACAAAUCACUGGUCUUCUAGGAAACGGCAGCCCCGACUCAUCAAACGCACUCCUCGAUUCCGGAGCCGAGGAAAGCGAUAGCCUCCACUCGGUGGGAAUAUCUUUGGACUCCAUGGAACUUUCUACCCCGAGGAAGGAGAAGCUGUCGCUGAGUAGAGAUUCAGGGUUGACGCUGUCAGAAGACGAUUCUAACAGUAAUGGCGGAAACAGUCCGGCACCUCGAAACCUGAUUCACAGCAUGUCCGUACCGACGUGCAACUUGCAACAGGACUCCAAGUUGGUUGGAAGGUACAACACCGAGAGCCACAACAUCAACGGACUUCCGCAGGUGAAUCAGCGCCAGAAGAGUAUUUACAGCAACAAAGCUGAAAUUUACAGCACCGUCAACGAGGAGCUUUACACGAACCCUUAUUUGGGCGAGAGAUAUAUACAUAAUACUAUUAAUAUUGGUUUAGCGAAUGGCAUAGAUGAUAGAAAUUACGUUUCCAAGGCGGCCAUACAACGUCCCACCGCAGAAAUAUACGGACAGAGUCCGGCUAAGUAUAUCACCGGCUUGGAACCUCAGAAACCACCGCGAAGCAACGUCUCUAAAGCUGCAAGGACAUCCAAAGUAUACAGCAUGUACUCCGAGGCUCAGGAGUCGGAGAGCAAUGUGAACACCAAACCGUUCAACAGAGCAAAGAGUUCCGACAAUAUCUUAGAAGCGAAACAGGAGGCUCUGGAUAAACGCGACAUGGUAUCCAGCCAGGAGAACAUCGUCUACAGCAAUAUCCACGACCUGGCCAUGUUCACCGAGAACAUACAGAGACAGAACCAAUAUCAGUCGCACGCGGACGUACUGUCUAACAUGAACUACUCCCGCGUCUACACAGGCUGGGAGAACAAGAGCGCCAACUACAACACACAACAACAAACACACCUCACAAACGAUAAGAUAUACGGACAGACGAAGAAGCAGGGCGAACCCUCGCAGAGCAAAACGGAUACAAAGACCCCGGCAGCCACCAUUUUUACACGAAAUGACUGGUCUCGUCAAGCAGCGAGGACGAAGAGUUUGGAAGUGAGCGAGGACGGCCAGGCCGCGGAUAAGAGUCGCAACUACGAGAUCAACGUCAGCUGCUGCAAGAAGCGACGCUUCGAUCCCGCGCACAUGUGCACCAACAGUUGCAUCGCGUCCAUGAACCGCGAGAAGGAGAAGGCCACCGCGAACUCCCACAACUACCCCUACAUCGACGACGUCUACAGCACCAGCUCGGAGGAGAACAAGAAGACGAGGCUCCGGACCUACAACAACAACAAGUUGAACCAGUCCAAAUCCCUCGCCAAUAUCAUGCUGCAGAGCGACUCGAGCAGCAGCGACACGCUGUAUCAGCCACAGAACGCGUUCAACGGCCGCUCCACCGAGUCGCCGGCCAGCGAAAAUUCCUUCGAAAACUGCUACACUACCCAAUACAUCGAGCCGCUGUACACGUCGGUGUACAAUCGCCGAAGGGACAUCUUCCACGAAGACAAGGCGAUGUUCGCUUCCGACAUCUACAAGGCGACCCCGACGGCGGUGCAGCCGGAGUACGCGGAGAGCGAUAACAACAAGAAGCCCCCGCACGUGCCGCCGCCGGUGCCGCCGAGGAAGAUGGUCUACCAGCGGGUCCUGAAGAAGUUCCAGCCGGUCCACGUCGCCAAGGACGACAAGUCGCGGUCAAAGUCCGUCCCGCCGGUGUACCGCGACCCGCCGAACAGAACGGACAAGGACCCGAACGGCAUCGCUCUAGACUGCUCGGAAUCCGAUACUGAGUCUGAGUCAUACGUUUGAGCAACUCGGUUCGUGCGCGUGGCGGUGAUUUUUAAUUUGUGACUCAUUCGAAACUUUAACCCGAAAAAAGUAAAUUAGAAUCACGUAUUUAUUACCUCCUAACACUCCAGCAUCAGUAACUUUUAUAUCACAAUUUCAAUAUGUAGAAAAAUGGGUCUCGACUUAAAGUUCGCUGCCGCGCUUACGCCAAUGAGGACAAUACUUUACAUUAGUUGUUAUCUGUAUCCCGCCUUAAGCUCGACAAGUGACCAUAUCUGAGUAUUCGGUGAUGUAUUUCCAAAGAAGUAAGCAUAGUGCGUACGUUUGUGUACAGAGAAUAAAAUUAAUUUGAAAUUACACUAGAUUUAUUAACACUCUUUAGUACGUAGCACUUUUAUGUUGUUAAAAUAUAUUAUGUUAAUCGACGUGUCAUGUUUGUUUAGAGUUUUACGAUAUAAUUAUGAAUGUUGCUGAUAUAAAGUGUAUAUAAUGUACGAUAAUAUACCAAUUAGAAGUAAUAAAUACAUGUUUUAUAACGA